AUGGCACAAUUUCAUCCUUUUGGUGGCCUUCCGAAAGAGCUGCGAGAUUGUAUUUGGGACAUGGCGAUCCGCGAUGAUGACCCAUCCGUCCACUUCUUCACUAUCUACGAUCCCCAAGACGACCCACCAUCCGUUGUCAAUCCAGCCAAGAAGGUCCAUGCCACAAGAGCCUCUUGCGUCCCGGGAUUCUCUAUCGGCUUCGCAGCUCCACGGCGUCGAGGAAGUGACCAGCUCUCGUGGACAGAUGGUAAUCUCUCUGCCUAUCUAACAGAUUCGGGCCUGUGGACAACCUGCCAUGAGUCCCGGGAGAGGAUGUUGCGAUACUUCCGGCCAUUCAAGACCAGUCCACAGGUUUCUAAACGCAUGCCAGUUGACUGGAGCACAGUGCAAGAAAUGUGCGAUAAACCUACGGCCUUGAUAAAUAUGGAGUUCAUACGCGACAACGGCGAGCGCCAAUACCUGACUGUCCGCCCUUCAAAAGACCUGCUCUGCCUUCGACUGCCUGAUAACUCCAGCAUCUCAUGGGAUAGCAGACAUCACUGGCAACUCAUUCAAGACUUCCCCUUGUUCAGGUGGCAUGGAAAUGAGUGGCCCUGGUAUUCAUCGUGCAUUACGAAUGUUGCGGUGGAAUACAACCCAGCAUGGGAGACUUUUGAUCAUCAAAAAGACCGCGGCCCUUUCACGGGCAUCACUGGCGGCUUCAGCAAAGUCGACGAGAUACAUGGGCUCAUGACCUUCUGGUUCAUUGACUACAGGCUGACUCGCAAAUACCAAUCCGAAGACUGCGAACGCCAGACGUCUCGCGCUGGCAAAUUGACCUUCAUAGAGGUCGAUGCAAUCGAUUAUGAAUGGUGCUGCUGCCCAAAGAAAGACGGGCGCUGUUUGGACAGAUGUGACCAGGGCCCAGCAAAACAUAAACUGUACGGUGCGCAUGCUCUGGCGGGCCACUUGGAGUUGCACAACGAGAUGCAGGCCGACGAGGCGCAUGAAGUCAAUCCAGGGGAGAUCAUCCUACUGGAAGUCAUCCUACUGGAGAUUGUCUCAUUCAAGGUUGUCGCAUAG